GGCAUCGAACGCGCAGUCAGUGUGUGAGUUGAGCAGUGAAUGUGAAACGCAUUGCAGUUAUCGCUGUCUCUGUUGACCACCUCUUCGCCCAUCACCACAACACCACAACACGACAACACUUCCCACUCAUCCCAUCGUCACAGACAUAGCCCCCAACGAUGUCGCCAAUGAGUGGUCGAUCCGUUAUCAUCGAAACCAUUGCCAUCACUUCGGAGUCGGUGUCACUGAUUGGCCGAACGCUGCGGGAAGUGCUGACACUCGUCGCCAACGGAUUGGCAGCCAAUCAGACGUCGACUCACUUGCGGGUGGAUGUGAUCGAUGGCCAGAAGUCGCCGCAGCAACAGGUGAUACCAUACAUACCGCUGAUGGACGUGCGGUCGGCUCUGUUUCGCGACAAAUGUGCGGACAAACUGUUGACACUCUUCAGCACCAAAACGGCAACACAUCCGCCGAUGUCUGCCAUCAAUGUCUGCGAACGCAUCGCCCGAACCAUAAGACAUAUUCGCGAUUCAGUGAACGCUUCCAAAGACGCCAUCACACGAGUGGAGAUGACAUACAUCUGCGGCCGACAUCGGGAUCAAGUGAUGGAAGACUUCUGUCAACUGUUGGCCAAAAAGCAAAUCGAUUUGUCGUUCCUAUCGAUGCUGAAUAUCGUGUGCAUUGAAUCGACUCGUGAGGCGACCAACGGAUUCAAGCCAUUGGUCUGCGGACCGACCGGUGCUGUCAUCGCCGGCGCCACUCGU